UCAGUAUCGACUCGAGGUGGAAUACAUUACAAUUAUUACAUACGCACUAAUUCUUUCGUUGAAAAUAAUGGAUAGUAAGUAUGCAGUAAUCCAGUUUGAGGAAAAAAAUGAAAUAUCUGUAAUACCAGUUAAUUGGAUGAAUGAACAGAUUAGGAAGUCAUUUUGGCCCAAAACAUUAGCAAAGAAUCAGCGAACUUUAAUAAUAAAAUGCGUCAAACCUGAUGAAAACUGGCCAUUGUUUGAAAUUAAAAAAUUUUUUGGAAAAUACGAUACUUAUGAGGAAGCACUUCAGGUAGAAAAGCAUGCAGCAGCGUCGUCCUCUGAAAGUGAAGUGAUUUUACAGAGAGCUCCGGGAAAAAGGAAAGUCGAGUCAAAAUUGACAUAUACUCCCCCACCAAUCAUAGAGGAAGACAUUGUAAUACACAGUG